CUUGCCAAUCCUGAACAUAUUACAAUGGGCUGGGUAGUUUAUUUACUUGAAUAUGUUUUUUGCUGAACAUUGAAUUUUGAAAAAAAAAUGAUUUAAAAGUGAUGUGUUUAAAGAAAAUAAUUAUAAAUUAAACUUGAAUUAAAAUAAAACUGCUGUUUUUAUGAUUGUAAAAUAAAAAUUAGUUUCAACCAAAAAGUGCAUCAUAAUUAUAAUCAAGGAACAAUGCUCAGUAGUUGGACUAAACAUACACUUCACUGCUGCCUUUUAAUAACAGUAAUUUUAGUAUUUGAAUACGUAUCAGGAGGAUUAAGAUGGAAUGCUACUGAAAAAGAUGAAUUAAAUCCAUGGAUUGAAUAUGGAUAUUUUGGAGCGGCAACACUUUAUUUCCUUCGAAUAUUAACAUUUCUUUCGCUUCCACAAGUACUUUUUAAUUUUAUCGGUCUUUCCAUUUAUAAUGCUUUUCCCGAUAAAGUUGAACUUAAAGGCUCACCAUUACUUGCGCCAUUUAUAUGCAUAAGAGUUGUAACACGUGGUGAUUAUCCACAAUUAGUAAAGACAAAUGUCAAUAGAAAUAUGAAUAAAUGCAUUGAAGCGGGUCUUGAAAAUUUUCAAAUUGAAGUUGUAAGCGAUAAACCAAUUGGCUUAGUUGCACAUAGAAGAAUUCGUGAAAUAGUUGUGCCUUUAAAUUAUUGUACUUCAAGUGGAGCACUUUUUAAGGCACGCGCAUUACAAUAUUGUUUGGAAAAUAAUGUCAAUGAAUUAGCUGAAAAUGAUUGGAUUGUUCAUUUAGAUGAGGAAACACUUUUGACGGAGAAUUCCAUUAGAGGAAUUCUUAAUUUUGUUUUAGAUGGAAAACAUCAAUUUGGUCAAGGUUUAAUAACAUAUGCAAAUGAAAAUGUUGUUAAUUGGAUUACAACAUUGGCAGAUAGUUUUCGUGUUGCUGACGAUAUGGGAAAAUUAAGAUUACAAUUCACUUUAUUCCAUAAACCUUUGUUCAGUAUGAAAGGAUCGUAUGUUGUUACUCAAAUGUCUGCUGAAAAGCAAGUGUCAUUUGACAAUGGAUUAAAUGGUUCGAUAUCUGAGGAUUGUUUUUUUGCAAUGAAGGCAUUUACUCAGGGUUAUACAUUUAAUUUCAUUGAAGGUGAAAUGUGGGAAAAAUCACCAUUCACAUUAUGGGAUUUUGUUCAACAAAGAAAAAGAUGGUUACAAGGAAUAUUAUUAGUUGUUCAUUCAGAGGCAAUUCCAUUAAAAAAAAAAUUACUAUUGGGUAUCUCUUGUUAUUCAUGGGUGACAAUGCCACUAUCAACAUCAAAUCUUGUCCUCGCUGGUAUUUGUCCAAUUUCAUGUUCACCAAUAAUAGACUUUUUAUGCGCAUUCAUUGGUGCCGUUAAUAUUUAUAUGUACAUUUUUGGUGUUGUAAAAUCAUUUUCAUUGUAUCGAUUUGGCUUUGCUAGAUUUCUUCUUUGUAUUUGUGGUGCACUUUCAACAAUACCAUUUAAUCUUAUUAUUGAAAAUGUCGCCGUUAUUUGGGGUCUUAUUGGUAAAAAACAUAAAUUUUAUGUUGUCAAAAAAGAAUUUAUGGUAUGAUGUAUCAAUUUGACAUUUAAAUUCAUGUACAAAAUAUUAAGUCAUUUUUUUUUGUUUACAAAAAAAAAGGUCCAUAAAAGCUUUUUUUCUCUAUAUAUUGUAUGUUAUGUGUGUACAAAAAAAAUAAUUUUUAUUAUAAAAGCAUUUAUGGACUUUUGGGUAAUAAAACAAAAAAAUUUUCAAUUUCCCAAUUGUGUAAAAAAAAAAUUGAAUUUGCAAACGUAAGUUACAUAUUUUUAUGUAUAUGUGACUUGAAAAUGAAAAGCAAAAAAAAAAAAAAAAUUCAUUUACGCUACAAUCUACCAAAUGCAAAUUAUUGUUUUUCUUUCGUUAAGUUUUGAAAUAUCGAAACUGAUCUCAUCAUGAUGAUUAAUCAAAACGCCACUUAAAAAAAAAAUUUCGAUAUUUCUAGUCUUAGGUAGAAUUAUUUAAUUAAAACGAUUUUGUCUAAAACUCGUUCUAUUAAAAAAAAAAAAAGAAAAAUUCGAUCCGACUUUUCGUUGACAAAAAAUUGUUUUUACAUCAAGUUUUCACAAAAACUGUUAUUUCUUUCUAUUUUAAAUCUGCAUGUAAAUUAAUUUCCAAAGGGCAAAUAAAAUUAAAAUUUAUAUUUUAAAAAAUUUUCAAUUACAUUUUAAAAUAAUUUUAUUACUCAAAUUUUUAAAUUUUUAAAAAAAUUUUUUGUUUUACAAUUUUUCUUUAAAUAACUUUUUUUUCUAUCGGAUCGGAUUCUAAUUCGAUUUAAAUCUAUUUUGUAAAUGUCAAAAAGAAAAAAAAAACUCGACUAAAUCAAAUUGAUUUGAACUUCCAAGGUAAAAUUUUAAGUAAUAAUUAAUAUUUAUAUUAGACAUUAAAUAAGUGUAUAAAAAAUAGAAUAUUUUUUAAAUAUUUUAAACAUUAGUUAUUAAUAGUUUGGUAUAAGAGUUGCCAAAAUGUCACAAAACUUUAAUCGAAUUUUUAAAAAUUGAAAAUGUUCAAUUCGAGUGAAGACUUCAAAUAUUCGACUUUCAAAUGUUUUGGAAAGUUGAUUUUUAAUUUACACACACGCUUAGCUUAUUUUCAAGCAAAACAAUAUUACGUUCCUUAAUAUAAACAAUUAUAAUAGUGCUUUAUAAAAAGUAUAAAUUAUAAAAUUUACAAAUAUGUAUAUAAAAAUAAUAUAAAUAUAAUUUUUAUUAUCUAAGUUUUUGUCCGGAGAUUUUUAAUUUGAAAAUUUGCAAUUUUUGCAAAUUUCAAUGUAUGUAAUUUAAAUAAUAUACACAGUAUUACAUGAAGAAAGAGCUUUAGAUUAUUUUUUUUUGUGCAUUAAGGAAAGAAAAUCGAAAAGUCUUUAAAGACAUUUAGAAAGGAAAAAUUAUAAAAUUUUUGACAAUUUGAAAUUUAUAAAUUGAAUUCGAAUUUCAUUAUUGAAAAUAAAGUCCUUAUUGCACAAAUAAAAAUAUUUUUUUAAGUUACGUAUGAAAGUGUCUUUUUUUUAUAAAGUCGUCAAAAAAUACCAAAAUGUGAACUUUGCAAAAAAAAAAAAAAAAAAAAACAAUGUCAAAUUUCAAAUACAAUACUAAAGUCUUUUGUUUAUAUUUAAGUUUCAACUGAAAUCACUUUAGAAAAAAUGAAAAAACAUUUUUAAUUGACAAGUCAUAUUUGUGAUAUAUUACCAAUAAAAGAAAAAACUUACAACAGUA